AGUCUCUCUCUCUCUCUCUCUCCCGUUCGUGCGUGCUAGCUAGGGCAUCUCGUCGCAUUGAUGCAGCAGCCGCCGUCGCAGCCGCAGCCCGGCAUGGGCGGCCCGCCUCCGCCGCCACAGGGCGCGGCGGGGCAGCCGCCGCAGUGGGGCGCGAUCCCGCCGCCGAUGCCGCCGCACCAGUACGGCGCGCCGCCGCCCCAGCAGCCGCCGGCGAUGUGGGGCCAGCCCCCGCCGCAGGCGCACUACGGGCAGGUGCCCCCGCCCCAGCCGUACUACGCCGCGCCACCGCCGCAGGCGAUGCCCGCCCCCGCGGCCGCGGACGAGGUGAAGACGCUCUGGAUCGGCGACCUGCAGCCCUGGAUGGACGAGAGCUACAUCUACAACUGCUUCGCGGCCACCGGGGAGGUUCAAUCUGUGAAGCUUAUCCGGGACAAACAAAGUGGACAGCUUCAGGGUUAUGGCUUUGUUGAGUUUACAAGUCGUGCAGCUGCUGAUCGAAUUCUUCAGACUUAUAAUGGACAGAUGAUGCCGAAUGUUGAGAUGGUCUUCCGAUUGAAUUGGGCCAGUGCUGGCGAGAAGCGUGAUGAUACCCCUGACUACACCAUUUUUGUCGGGGAUUUGGCUGCAGAUGUUACAGACUACCUACUACAAGAGACAUUCAGGGUCCAUUACCCUUCGGUUAAGGGUGCAAAAGUUGUAACUGACAAAAUGACAAUGCGUUCAAAGGGUUAUGGGUUUGUGAAAUUUGGUGAUCCUACAGAGCAAGCUCGUGCAAUGACUGAAAUGAAUGGAAUGCUUUGCUCUUCCAGACCGAUGCGUAUUGGUCCAGCGGCAAAUAAGAAAACAACAGGGGUUCAGGAGAGAGUACCAAAUGCUCAAGGAGCUCAGUCUGAGAAUGAUCCUAACAAUACCACCAUAUUCGUUGGUGGUCUUGACCCCAACGUCACUGAAGAUGUCUUGAAACAAGUUUUCGCUCCUUAUGGAGAAGUUGUCCAUGUUAAGAUUCCUGUUGGGAAAAGAUGUGGUUUUGUUCAAUAUGUUAACAGGCCUUCUGCUGAGCAAGCACUGGCAGUGCUACAAGGGACCUUGAUUGGUGGGCAGAAUGUUAGACUUUCGUGGGGUCGAAGCCUUUCAAACAAACAGCCUCAGCACGACUCGAAUCAGUGGGGUGCUGGUGCUGGUGCUGGUGGUUACUAUGGUGGCUAUGGACAAGGUUAUGAGGCUUAUGGUGGGUAUGCACAACCUCAGGAUCCUAACAUGUAUGGUUAUGGAGCCUAUGCUGGUUAUCCCAAUUACCAACAGCAACAAGUAGCACAGCAGCAGCCGCCGCAGCAGUGAGCCCUGUUUGAUCGAUCGCGUCUUUGGGCUGUGAGGCACACAACCCAUUUCAAGCUACAGCUUUAGCUAUGUUAUUGCUAUUCUCAAUAGAGAGACGGUUUCUGAAGACUCCAGAUUUCGAUUGAGGUUUUAAUGUAUGAACUGUAUUAUGAUUAUGAACAACGGAUGCUGCCAUAUCGUGGUUCCUAUAUUGAGUCAUGUAUUUUGAAAACAUAUCCUCUGUUUCCAUCUCACCCUUAUCAUCGAUUAUUAUUAUUGCUAUGUACCGUUUGUUUCC